AUGGAUUUAAACAGCUCCCCUCGUAAACAGACUCCAUUAGCACGUGGGGACGAGACACCUCGUAAACUUUCUACUCCAUCUCUAACCAGACGUGUCUUCUGUUGCGGGGUUGUGGUUGAGGGAUGUUAUAGUGGCAGGAGGUUGCCCGAAGACACAUCGUUCUCAGAACACAACCAGCCACGAGGCUGGAUGGCGCAUGAAGAGUGUGCUAAAGUAGUACCUGAGACUUGGGUGGAUGGGGUUGAGACGGAGAUGUUCAUGGAGAAAAAGGGUAUUUGGUGUGGAUGCGAUCGUGAGAGAUCGGCACGACAGAAGGCCCCUGGUGCACCCAUCCAGUGCACUAAAGGCAAAUGUGCGAAAUCCUUUCAUGUCGGCUGUGCGAGAGAUGGAGGGAUCAGCGGCAUUGUUUACUCGAUACUGCGCGAGGUUGAGAAGGAGGUGAUCCUAGUCUACCCGUCGUUCAAAGCUGGUGUCAUUGGUCCUUCUGGUUUCCCCACGUUCACCGUCAAUCACUUCAACGGCCCCGUCGCCUGCUCUGCAGAGGGCUUCUUGGACCGUAACUUCGAUGCUCCCAACUUUUAUUUCGUCUCUCUUUUCGGUGGCAACACAAGGCCACCCCAAGACACUUCUCUUCGGGACACUAGGCCACACCUGGACUUCAAGCUACGAUGA